AUGGCGGAAAGCAAAGUAACGGUGUCCAUUCUACCGGGCAAAGUUGUGGGUCUCAAGGGCGCUCUACCGAACGGGACGGAUUGGUACGUGUUCAAGGGCAUUCCAUACGCUGAAGCUCCCGUGGGACAACUUCGCUUUAAAUCGCCGGUACCACUCUCAACUCUUCCGUCGGAUCCGCUCGAAUGUUUCACCGACGGUCCGAGCAGCUAUUCGGACGAUACACGCUUCAAGCGUAUGUCGGAAGAUUGUCUCUAUCUGAACGUGUACAGUCCUCAGCUAAACCCGAAAACUCCACUCCCGGUGAUGGUGUGGAUACACGGAGGUGGUUUCUAUUCCGGUACCGGUGAUUCCGCACUCUACGAACCACCGUACCUCGUACAGCAGGGUGCAGUUGUUGUGUGCAUCAACUAUCGACUCGGUCCGCUAGGAUUUCUAUCCCUCCCGUCGGCCGGUAUCGAAGGAAACAUGGGCCUAAAGGAUCAGCGGAUGAGCUUCCGGUGGGUGCAGGAAAACAUUGACCGCUUCGGUGGCGAUCCGAACAAUGUAACGAUUUUCGGUGAAAGUGCCGGUGGUGCCUCGGUCCAUCUGCACUAUCUGAGCGAAGGGUCGAGAAAAUAUUUCCACAAAGCUAUCGCCCAAAGCGGGACAGCGUACAACGAGUGGGUAUGGCAGCGUGACUCGGCCGACCGAGCGCGAAAACUUGCCCGGCUGCUUGGUGCAGCGGAUGAUUCGGAUGAAGCCGUACUGGCGACGCUUAUGAGUGCUUCCGCCGAAACGAUGACAGCAGCGCAAAAUCAAGCCAUGAACGAGCACGACCAAACUGUGCUGGUACGCUUCCCGUUUACGCCCGUCAUUGAACGGGAGGAUAGUGAGGACGCCAUUAUUAAGGAGCAUCCUUCACGUGCGGUUGAAAAGGUGUUUCACAAAGACAUUCCACUAAUGAUGGGAACUACCGACGACGAAGGUUUAGUGCUGUGGACAUUGCUUACCGAAAAGCUGGCAAGAUUUGAAACCGAUCAGACACUUUUGAUUCCGGCCACGCUGGACGUUAGCAGCGAGGAAGACAAACGGUCUGCCAGUGAGGCGAUUGUGUCCUUUUUCUUUCAAAAUCGUCCGAUUUCGGUGGAAACGAUGAGGAACGUUACUACGGUGUUGGGUGAUAAUUUAAACACCUUCCCAGGAUACGUUGCAACGGAAUUGCACGCUCGCUACCAGCGUGCCCCGCUGUAUCUGUACAUCUUUUCGCAUCUGGGAGCGUUGAACAAGUAUCGCGAAGAGAUGAAAGUUCCGUCAGAUCUGGUCGGUGCAUGCCAUGCAGACGAGCUGUACUAUCUGUUUAGCUCAUCCCUCUACAACACGGAUGCAGUGCAAGAUCAUACCGAGACGGGCCGGUUCCGUGAGUAUUGCUGCAAUCUUUGGGUCAACUUUGCACGGUUUGGUAAUCCGCACGCAACCAUCGUCGACUGGACACCGGUAGAGCGAGUAACCGGUGACAAAUCGGUCAGCUUUUAUCCGGCCGCAGUGAACCUGAAGGACAUUGGGGAUUGCAAAAUGACGACCGAUUUCUUCUACGAACGGUUCCAAUUUUGGAAGAGCCUAUACGAAAAAUUUAACGGAACGCAUCUGCUGCCAAAAGUGGAGUAA